AUUAGUAUCCAGUGGAAUUCCAUCCAUCAGAAAUUUCACAUUUCUUUGGGCACAGUUGGCCCAAACUCAGGUUGCAGUAACUGCCACAAUACCAUUCUCCAUCAGCUUCAAGAAAUGUUCAACAAGACACCAAAUGUGGUUCAGUUAUUACAGGUACUGUUUGAUACUCAGGCUCCAUUAAAUGCCAUCAACAAACUCCCCACUGUACCGAUGUUGGGCUUAACCCAGAGAACCAACACCGCCUACCAGUGCUUCUCCAUUCUGCCGCAGUCGUCCACCCACAUCAGACUGGCCUUCAGGAAUAUGUACUGUAUUGAUAUAUACUGCCGGAGUCGAGGUGUUGUGGCAAUACGGGAUGGUGCCUAUAGUCUUUUUGAUAACAGCAAGUUAGUUGAAGGUUUUUAUCCUGCACCAGGAUUAAAGACAUUCCUGAAUAUGUUUGUUGACAGUAAUCAGGAUGCUCGAAGAAGGUCUGUGAAUGAGGAUGAUAAUCCCCCUUCUCCUAUAGGAGGAGAUAUGAUGGACUCUUUAAUAUCACAACUUCAGCCGCCACCCCAGCAACAGCCAUUUUCAAAGCAGCCAGGAACAUCAGGCGCUUAUCCUCUUACUUCGCCCCCUACAUCUUACCACAGCACAGUUAAUCAGUCUCCCUCUAUGAUGCACACACAGUCUCCAGGAACUCUUGACCCUAGUUCCCCAUAUACUAUGGUGUCACCAAGUGGAAGAGCAGGGAACUGGCCAGGGUCUCCUCAAGUGUCCGGCCCCUCACCAGCAACACGUUUGCCUGGAAUGUCACCAGCCAACCCAUCACUUCAUUCUCCAGUUCCAGAUGCUUCUCAUUCCCCUCGAGCUGGAACAAGUUCCCAAACAAUGCCAACAAACAUGCCUCCACCUCGUAAACUACCUCAGCGCUCUUGGGCGGCAUCCAUACCUACCAUCCUCACUCACAGUGCCUUGAACAUUUUACUGCUGCCCUCUCCAACACCAGGCCUCGUGCCCGGCCUGGCAGGUAGUUACCUUUGUUCCCCACUUGAGAGAUUCCUUGGAUCCGUCAUCAUGAGACGACACCUUCAAAGAAUUAUUCAACAAGAAACGCUACAACUGAUAAACUCCAAUGAACCUGGAGUAAUCAUGUUUAAGACUGAUGCACUGAAAUGCAGAGUAGCUCUCAGUCCCAAAACCAACCAGACCCUUCAGCUAAAAGUGACGCCUGAAAACGCAGGACAGUGGAAACCUGAUGAACUUCAAGUUUUGGAGAAAUUCUUUGAAACAAGAGUUGCAGGACCACCAUUUAAAGCCAAUACAUUAAUAGCUUUCACCAAGCUGUUAGGAGCGCCUACACACAUCCUCAGAGACUGUGUGCAUAUUAUGAAGCUAGAGCUGUUCCCUGACCAGGCAACACAGCUAAAAUGGAAUGUCCAGUUUUGCCUGACCAUCCCUCCCAGUGCACCACCAAUUGCACCUCCUGGGACUCCUGCUGUAGUGCUAAAAUCCAAAAUGCUGUUUUUUCUUCAACUAACUCAGAAAACACCAGUCCCUCCCCAAGAACCAGUUAGUAUUAUAGUUCCAAUCAUUUAUGACAUGGCUUCAGGUACAACCCAGCAGGCAGACAUUCCCAGACAGCAGAACUCUUCUGUUGCUGCUCCCAUGAUGGUCAGCAACAUUCUGAAGAGGUUUGCAGAGAUGAAUCCACCACGACAAGGUGAAUGCACAAUAUUUGCAGCUGUUCGUGAUUUAAUGGCUAAUCUUACACUGCCCCCUGGUGGGCGUCCAUAGACACUAUUGUUUUUAAACCAGGAAGGCUGACAAAUGAGACAAAACAACAAAAAAAAGUCUGAAUUCAGCCUUCAAUUUAAAAAAAGAAAAAGGACAUUUUUUUUGACUUUAAGAGCUAAAUAUUCUAAACUGGCAGAAUCUUUCAGGGUGCACUUCUUUCAUCAAAAAGACCAUCAAUCUUUUGUAUAGUGAACUUGUAUAGUGUGUUUAAAUGGGACACGUUUCAAACUAGGUAAUACAUCAGUGUCCGCUUGCCAGUUAUAGAUUUAAUAUUCUGUUUUAUACUAUAAAGUUAUGAAAAUGCCAAACUUGUUUAUUUAAUUGUUUUCUUAUGUUUUGGGUGUAAUAGUCCUUUUUUGAUUUUUGUUUUGUUUUUUAAGGCAGGUCUGUCAUUUUUGAAUACUGUAAAACUGUGACAAACUUUAUAUUGAAGCUGUAUUUUAAUAUGACUGCUUUGAAUCCUUACAUGAAAAUGUUCUGGGAGUUGUUAUAAACACAUCCCAAGGAAGCAAUAUUUAAUAAAACUAGGUUAAAAAAGUGACACUCACUUGUGUGUGUAUAAGCUCUCUAGACUUCUUAGGGCCUCCCUUUAUCUUUAACCUGGUGGGGCCAGUAAUUUUCUAAUAAUAUAUGUCUGAAAUUUGACCAAAAACAUCUUUGUUUAAAGGUUAAGUUUUUUUCUUCAGACAUUCCUAACUUGAGAGGUGGUAACAUUUAGCACCUCAGUUGCCUUUCAAUGUAGGAUUUGGGUAAAAAAAAAAAGAAUCAUGUUUUUGAGAAAAGACAGUAAUUUAUACUGAUCAAGGAUUUCAAAUAAUGCAGUCAUUCUCAUCUGUUGAGGAUAUGGAAACUUUUCUGUUAGGCAAAUUUCAUUUACAAGAUACUUCUGCAUAUAGCAUUAACUAGGAAACAAAAAACUUUAGUGCUCACCCUUGCAUGAAGUUCUGUGAUUUUUCUUUAUCUUACUUCUUGCCUUCCCCACCAAAAUUGGGGUCGUUCCAGACAGUCUCAAUUUAACUCGUAGUCAACAAAAUGAUAGAAUUUUUUACUUGAAAGAAACCUGGUCCAAUCAUUUUUAAGAGUCCUGAAGACUCAAGGCCUGUCCAGAGUCCAAUGGAGUUUCUGGUACUGACACUUCUCAGCAGGGUUUCUUUUUGGAACACUAUACUAUAUCUCCCAGUCGGUCAAGGACUUUUUUAAGCUUCAAAGAACAUGAUCUAAAGCAAAGGUCUUCUGGUGACUUGUUGUUAUUUGGAAAAAAAUUUUUAAAUGAUAAUACCAUGCUAAAUUAUCUAGUCAUUGUAAUACUGGUUCUCCAUUAAAUUUUAGAUGCCUUGUCUAUUUCUACUUUAAGAUGAUUUAAUUGAACUUCUAUAACUCUAAUACCAAAAUUCUAGUUUCAAGCAUCUCACUGCAACUGUGUCAUAUCUGUUCUCAACUUUGCUUGAUUCUCCUAUUUCUGGUCAGAGUUGAGACCUUCUUUGUCUUCUGUGUCUUAUUUUCUGCCUUUGUCUCCUGCUUCUCACCCAACUCUGCCACUAUUCCAGAGUAGGUGACUAAACUUUUAUCUUUCCUUUAACUUACCUUUUUAUCUUUCUAUUUUCUGUUUCUCCUCACAUUGGUUUGGCAAUCUAACAUACCUUUAUCGGGGAUCAGCCCUUUUCUGUUUGGAGCUGAAUCCCUUUCUUUCAUGUAGAAAUCUACAUGUAUAUAUAAGAAAUGUAUUUUUAUCUGCAGGAUGAUAUUGUGUCAAAUUUUAUUAAUAGAGUUAACUUUUCAGGUAUUUUCCCUUUUUAAGUGUGAUUUUGAAAUGUUUAAUUGCAUUUUUAUACAUGAUGCAUUCAAUGGACAUUUUCCUAAUUAUUACUCACCUUUGGAUGCAUUGUGCAAAUCAAAAGAUAGGAAUCAGUGAAUAGAAUUUGCUUUUGAUGCUUAUUAAGAGUAAAUCCAUGAAUUUGAAUUUUGAUAUCAUGCUUGAUACUUGGA